GGGAAUCUCGUUGAACAGUAACGAGCCUCUCACCAACAGUAGCGCAAGCAGCCAAGCAACAAGAAGAGGACCACAAUGCGAAAGGAGCUGCUGCGGAUCGGCUUCCUCGGCGCGUCGAGCAUCGCCCGCAAGGUGUUCCACGCCGUCCUCAGCGCCGGUCACCGCGUCACCUGCAUUGGGUGCCGAGACGAGGCGAACGGCAUCGCGCUGAUCGAUGCUGUCCGAAAGGAGAUGGGGGCGCUGGAGAAAAGGAAGGAAGACGCUGGCGGGGGGCCGAGGCUCGCAUUUGCGGCACCGAGGAUCGGGUCCUACAUCGAUGUUCUGCGCGCAGACGACGUCGAUGUGGUUUACAUCUCCCUCCCCACCGCGAAGCGGGCGCCGUGGAUUCGUCUCUGCGCCGAGUACGGCAAGCACGUUGUGAGUGAGAAGCCGGCUGCGACGUCGGCCGCGGUGUUGGCGGAGUGUUUGCAGGCCUUGGCGAGUCAGCGUCUGCUCUUUGUCGACGGCACCACGCUGACGCACGGGCAGCGGCUGCAAGACGUGCGCCGCGCCGUGGCCCAGCUUGGCGGUCCGAGGCAUAUCAACGCGCACAUGUCCUUCAACGCCUCUCCGUCCUUUAUGUCCAGCGACAUCCGCAUGCAGCCGCAGCUGGAGCCGCAUGGUGCGUUGGGAGACCUGGGGUGGUACGGCAUCCGCUGGAUUCUGCAUGUAAUGGACUUUGCCCUUCCCACUGGCGUGACGGGGCGUGUGACGGAGUGCGACGCGUUGCACGAGGAAACGGCAAACACAUCCGCCAAAGCAGGGGGGCUGGCCAACCCUGCAGGAAGCGCGCCGCCGUCAACGACAGUCAAGAGAGGCAAGACGAGCAAGUCAAAGGCGUUGCCCGCUCUAACCGGAUUUGAAGGCAACCUGGAGUUCACCGUCCCGGCUGCUGCGGUGUCCUCAGAUCCAAACAGAGGCGGCGCAGCUCCCUCCAUCGUCACCGCCUCCUUCCAGUGCAGCUUCCACAGCUGCCACGACCAGACGGUGGAAAUCUUCUGCCGCGAUGGGACCGUCACGGUGUACAGCGCCAUCAACCCCACCGGCGAAGACCGGCCGCGCUUUCACCUGCGCCGGGACAAAGCUGCGCCGGAGCCGGACGCGGCGACGCGAAACGAGGAUAUCAGCGCGCCAAACGCCAAGGAUGUCUUUCAGGUGUACGAGCACGUGGAGGAGGAGGAGAACGAGAUGGUGUACUCGACGGCACCGGACGAGCAGGACGGCAUGUUUCAGAUGGUGCAGCUGUGGCGCCACGUUGGCGAGAGCAUCAUGCGGCUGGGCAAAGGUGAGCCACUGAUCGCGGACGCCGAACUUGCAAAGAAGUGGUCUACCUUUGCCUUUGUCACGCAGGUGGUGAUGGAUCGCGCCUUGGAGGCGGCGGGCCAGCACGCUGCAGCAAUACCUGCGGCAGAGGGCAAAGCGUAA